AGUCACGUGACACAUGAUCCAAAAUGGCAACCUUCGUGUUUUGAUCAUACCUCAGUGGUUUUGAUGAAUAAUACUUUUGUGUUUGUUUCAUUCUUCGUAUAAUUCGAAUAGUUAGCACUCAUUUGAGGAAACGCACGCAUCCUCUUUUUUUAACUUCGAGGCAAUCAAGACAAAUUGCUAUUUGUUUCACGAGUUAGACUAUGCACAUUUGGUUCUAUUAAACAGAUAGCUAGCUGGCUGGCAAAAUUAGUAAAGCUAGCUGAAAAUAAAGGGAAAACGAUGGAGGAGUUGAGUGCCGACGAGAUCCGCAGAAGGAGACUGGCCAGACUUGCAGGAGGGCAAACAUCCCAGCCCAGCACCCCCCUCAGCACUCCCCUGACGUCCCCACAGAGAGAGACCCCCCCCUGGCCCCUUCCUGGGACCUCAGGGGCCACACCCCAGCCCCUACCUCCAGCCGCCUCACAUUCACUAGGGCUCAAUGUCCAGAAUGUCACCCCCGCCACCUCUCCUAUUGGCGCAUCUGGGGUGGCAUACUGCAGUCAGAGCAGCGAAGGAGUGAGCUCCCUCUCCAGCUCUCCCUCCAACAGCCUGGAGACCCAGUCCCAGAGUCUUUCCCGAUCCCAGAGCAUGGACAUUGACACAGCCUCCUGUGAAAAGAGCAUGUCCCAGGUGGAUGUGGACUCAGGGAUAGAGAACAUGGAGGUGGAGGACAGUGAUCGCAGGGAGAAGAGGGACCUGGCUGAAAAGGAAUCCACUGAAACCUCAGAUGUCUCUGAAGAGCAGGCUUUGCAGCUCAUCUGUAAGAUCCUGCGCGUUUCCUGGAAGGAACAGGACAGAGACGUCAUCUUUCUCCCCUUGCUCGCCGCCGAGUUCCACCAGAGCAGUCUCAAAGACGUCUUCUCUGACUUCAAAGACCUGAUUGGCCAGAUCCUGAUGGAGGUGCUCCUGAUGUCCACCCAGUUGCACGUCCACAACCCCUUUGCCAGCCUGACUGCCACGUCCGAGCCAAUUGCUGCUGCCAAAUCUCUUGACCACCACCUGACGCUGAUCCAGCCCUCCAGCCAGGGCAGCAGUCCCAUGGCCCCCUGUGCAGGCUCGUUUGGGGCCAGCUCGUUGUCUAGCCUGUACGGGUGUAGUCCGCACUCGCUGGCUUUGAAUGCAGCCAGGAUGAUCUCCCCACCUCUCACCACCCCCACCAGCCCAUCCCUGCAUCCAAUGGUAGCCCCAAGUCCCCCUUCCAUGGCCAACCCCCCUAGGCUCUCUCUCAACCUCCCUUCCGCCCCUCUGCCCAUCUCCCAGCGCUACCGGCCCUACUCUGUCACCUCUCCCUUGGGGAUCUCCACCCCCCCUAGCCCCAGACUGGCUAGCCUCCCUGGCCCUAUCACUGAAGGUCCCCCGGUACCGCCCAUCAUUCUGGCCCCGGCCCCACCACUACCAACUAGCCCCCAGUCGGUUCCCCUCCCCUCCACUAGUCCUCAUCGGCCCACCUCCAUGCCCCUCCCUCUGGUACCCCCCUCACCCAGAUCAGCCGCCCGAGGAGCUGCCCUCGCCACCCGGAUCCCUGAAUCACAACCAGGGUUCAAUCUUCUUUCCCUAUCCCAUCCUCUCCUAUCUAUGACCCAUGCGUCUCUAUUUUUCCAUCUGUCUCCCCAUCCUCCUCCUUUAUCCCUCGUUCCUCUUUUCCUCCCUCUCUACGCCAGCCCCCUAUCCCUCCUGUUCUUCGCCCUCUCUGAUAUGUCUCAGGACAACAGCGACGAAGAGCCUGAGGAUGAGCAGGAGGAAGAUUUUACGCAGGUCCAGUUUGGGUCCAGUCUGGGUGUGUCCGGAGGGGGAAUGGCCUGGGAAUCCUGCGGUGACCGGUUCACCAUCGAAGCGUGCAAGGAGACAGAGAUGCUCAACUACCUCAUCGAGCGCUUUGACAGUGUGGGCAUGGAGGAAAGGAAGGCGCCCAAGAUUUGCAGCCACCCCAGUGUCAGCCAGCUCCUCAGCAACAUACGCUCGCAGUGUAUUUCCCACGCCGUUCUUGUCCUUCAGGGUGCCCUCACGCAGCCCAGGAGUCCUCUGCAGCAGUCCCUGCUGGUACCCUACAUGCUGUGCCGUAACCUGCCGUAUGGCUUUAUCCAGGAGCUGGCCCGCAUUACCUACCAGGAGGAGGAGGUCUUCAGACAGAUCUUUGUUCCGAUCCUUCAAGGGCUGGGUCUGGCUGUGAAAGAAUGUUCCUUUGACAGUGACAACUUCAAAUUCCCCCUGAUGGCAUUAGCUGAGCUAUGUGAAAUCAAGUUUGGGAAGACUCACCCCAUGUGCAAUUUGAUGACGUCUCUGCCCCUGUGGUGUCCUAAGUCUCUGAGCCCGGGGACUGGCCGAGAGGUCCAGAGACUCUCCUUCCUGGGAGCCUUCUUCAGCCUGUCGGUCUUUGCAGAGGAUGACUCCAAAGUUGGUGACAAGUACUUCUCGGGCCCUGCGAUCACCACAGAGAACACUCGCGUGGUCAGUCAAUCCCUGCAGCACUACCUGGAGUCAGCCCGGGGUGAAAUGUUUAAAAUCCUCCACAACAUCCUCCUGAAUGGAGAGACCAGAGAGGUAGCUCUCAACUAUAUGGCAGCUCUGGUCAACCGCAAUGUGAAGAAAGCCCAGAUGCAGACGGACGACAAGCUGGUGUCCACGGACGGCUUCAUGAUCAACUUCCUGUCGGUGCUGCAGCAGCUCAGCAUGAAGAUCAAGCUGGAGACGGUGGACCCCUAUUAUAUCUUCCACCCGCACUGCCGCCUGCAUGUCAGCCCCGAGGAGACCCGGCUCAAGGCCACCAUGGAAGAGCUCAAGACCUGGCUGGCCGAGAUGUACAACGACCCCUCUAAGUUCUCUGAGCCCAAGUUCCCCACAGAGUGUUUCUUUCUGACGCUGCACACCCACCACCUGUCCAUCCUACCGGGCUGCCGACGCUACAUCCGCAGGCUGAGGGCCAUCCGCGAGCUCAACAGGACCGUGGAGGAGCUGAAGAACAGUGAGAGCCAGUGGAAGGACUCUCCGCUGGCCAGCCGUCACCGAGAGAUGCUAAAGAGAUGCAAAACCCAGCUCAAGAAACUGGUGCGCUCCAAAGCCUGUGCCGACGCGGGGCUUCUGGAUGAGAACCUUUUACGCAGAUGUCUGCAGUUCUACAGUAUGGUCAUUCAGCUCAUCCUACGCAUGGUGGAUCCCGCCUACCCACACAUGAGUCUACCGCUGAAUCCGGAGAUUCCCAAAAGCUUUGCUGCUCUGCCGGAGUUUUACAUUGAAGAUGUGGCCGAGUUCCUACUUUUUGUUGUGCAGUAUUCCCCUCAGGUCCUGUAUGAGCCCUGUGUCCAGGACAUUGUCACUUUUCUGGUGGUGUUCAUCUGCAGUCAGAACUACAUCCGGAACCCCUACCUGAUCGCCAAGCUGGUGGAAGUGCUUUUUGUCACCAACCCGGCGGUGCAGCUGCGCACCCAGCGCUUUUCCGAGAUGAUGGAGAACCACCCCCUGUCUGUCAAACAGUUGGUCCCGGCCCUCAUGAAGUUCUACACAGAUGUGGAGCACACCGGUGCCACCAGUGAGUUCUACGAUAAGUUCACCAUCCGCUACCACAUCAGCACCAUCUUCAAGAGCCUCUGGCAGAACAUGGGCCACCACGGCACAUUCCUGGAGGAGUUCAACUCUGGCAAGCAGUUUGUGCGCUACAUCAACAUGUUGAUCAACGACACCACCUUCCUGCUGGACGAGAGCCUGGAGUCCCUAAAGCGCAUCCAUGAGGUCCAGGAGGAGAUGAAGAACAAGGAGCAGUGGGAUCAGCUUCCCAGGGAGCAGCAACAGAGCCGCCAGUCCCAGCUGACCCAGGACGAGCGGGUGUCACGCUCCUACCUGGCACUGGCCACAGAGACGGUUGACAUGUUCCACAUCCUUACCAAGCAGGUCCAGAAGCCCUUCCUCCGGCCCGAGCUGGGGCCUCGUCUGGCGGCCAUGCUGAACUUUAACCUCCAGCAGCUUUGCGGGCCGAAGUGCCGGGACCUGAAGGUGGAGAACCCAGAGAAGUAUGGUUUUGAGCCCAAAAAGCUCCUGGACCAGCUUACUGACAUUUACCUGCAACUUGACUGUGCCCGCUUUGCCAAGGCCAUCGCUGACGACCAGCGGUCGUACAGUCAAGAACUCUUUGAGGAAGUUAUUUCCAAGAUGACGAAAGCCGGCAUCAAGUCUACCAUCGCCAUUGAAAAAUUCAAGCUACUAUCGGAGAAGGUGGAGGAGAUAGUCGCAAGGAACUCUCAGUCCGAAAUGGACUACAGUGAUGCACCUGACGAGUUUAAAGACCCUCUGAUGGACACCCUAAUGACAGACCCUGUGAUAUUGCCCUCUGGGAACAUCAUGGACCGAGCCAUCAUCCUCCGCCACCUUCUCAACUCCCCCACUGACCCCUUCAACAGACAGCCGCUCAACGAAAGCAUGCUGGAGUCACUCCCUGAACUGAAGGAGAGGAUCCAAGCAUGGAUGAGAGAGAAGCAAGGCCAGGGACGUUUCCUCUAAUGACAGCCCAACUACAACUCCCCCCCCCCCCCCCCGCCCCGCCGUCAGUAAGGGAUGUUACCACCAUUAAUUCACCAUGCCUGAAGUAAAUACCAUCAAGAACGGGGGGAAAACGCAAGAAAUAAAUGAAACCUGAUUUUAUUUUUCUUCCCUUUAUCCUUAUUUUCUCGGGUCAUCAUCUGAAGGCCCUUAGCUCUAAAAUGAAACAUAAUAAAGUUAAGACUUUUUAAAAGGUUUUUGCUCAUGACUUUGUGUAUAUAUCUACAUAUAUACGUAACACUGCAAGGAUAAGCAGUUGUCACAGCCUACAGGUCUUAGCAGCAGAAUGCAUUUCUUCAUGUAUUGUUUAUUUUCCCUCGGUUUUGCGACUUUAUGUAUACUUUGUAAGCUGAAUUAUUAUAUUUCAGCUUUAUGAAGGGGCAGAUGAUACAUUUAGGAUUGGGAUACAUUUUGGUUGUCUUAAUGGUAACUUUAAACAAGACAUUGAAAAGAAAGUGGCUGAACUAAUUCACUAUAUUGUUUAUCAUAACCAUACAGUUUACAGUACAACAUGCACACAUCUUGUGCCGUUUGCUGACGAGGCUUGGGAAAUGAGAAUACAUAUUUAAAAAAUGUAGCUUGAAAUGAACGUGCUAGAUUGUCUAGUAGACAAACGAAAACUAAUUGUGGGCUUAAUUUGAUGAAAGUGGUAAGUGAAGCAUUAGUUUAAAUUAUGUAUGGUUGGUUAGUUUGGUUGUCUCCCUGUUGAUGACAUACGAGUGAAUAAAGUUUUGUUUGCAUGGCCUGUAGUUCAAAACCUCCCAAGCGCCUCAUGGCAAACCCUCUUACGAUGGAGCAGAACGGUCACAAGACAAUGUAAAGCCUCUUUGUAGCAUGAACACCAUUGGAAAAACAGCAGGUUAUAGGAACACAUCUCCCACCUCAAGAGGUCUCUCAAAGCCCACUGUUUCUUAAUCUUUACCCAGGUGGCUGACUUAAAUGCCCAGACCCAAUUCGCUCCGUCCCUCUCCUCCUUAUCCCUAACCCUUAGAAGUUUGCAGAUCUGGAAAGGUAUAAACUGUGUAGUGUAUAUUGCUUUUACUUUAUUGAUCUGCAAACAUCGAAGGGUCAGGGGGAAGGGGUAGGAAGUGAAUUGGGAGUGGCUAACUGUAAAUUAAGGCUCGCACAUGUCUCACCAAAUGUUGAUCUCAAUGUUUUUCUAUAUGUAAAAACAGUUCACAAAUUAGGUUGAGGUGCCAAGUGCUCUUGGCCAGCAAAUGCUAUUUGUGCGUCUGAGCCCUUAAAGGAAAACUCUACUCAGCAAAAUGCAUCAACAUGACGUGGCAAGUGACACUUUGCUUCUUGAUAGUCCAAUAUCUUAACUUGACUGCUGGUAUGCUAAACAUUUUGGGACUGUAUCAACAAUUGACUAAUGGAACAAAAUGCCAAUAUAGUUUGAGUGGAUUUUUCCUUUAACUGUACAGGAAUUUGUUUAUUUUACCCACAUAACUGUUUUGGAAUCGAGGACUUUGAAUUGAAAUAAAUGAUGAUGCACACAG